UGAGAGGAGUUCCUGCACAAACUUCAUUCCACUCCACAUAGUGAGAACAUAUGUUGGAGACUUAACAGAGGCAGAACAGAGUGAGGGGAGAAAUAAAGCUCUCAGACUGGACUUAUUUUCUUUUGUUGGAUUACUUCUCUCAAGUCAGGGUCUUCAUGUGUUCGCAUCUCCUUAUCAAAGUCUGUGAGAGUGAGAGUUUCUGUGUGAAGUGUAAAUGUGAUUGUAACUGCUUGUAGAAAUGGAGACAUCCUUUGCUGUGAGCUCUCUUCUCCCGGCCCUUCUACUCUGUCUUCAUCUACACUGCCACCUCCUUGUUUGGGCCGCAAUGGACUCCUGCUAUGAUGAUGAGGGUGUCCCCAGCCGUUGCAUGCCCAAGUUUGAAAACAUCGCCUUCAAUCGCACUGUGGAGGUAUCAAACGUGUGUGGCUCUCCACCAGAGGAUUACUGCAUGCAGACCGGCUCAACGCGCUCCUGCCACAUCUGUAAAGCGUCAGACCCGGACCUGAGCCACAAUGCAAGCCUCCUGACAGAUUUCCACAGGAAUGAGGAGCCCACGUGGUGGCAGAGCCAGUCUAUGUACUAUGGUAUCCAGCACCCCAAUUCUGUCAACAUCACCCUCCACCUGGGGAAAGCCUUUGAGAUAACCUAUGUGAGAUUGAAAUUCUACACCAGUCGGCCCGAGAGCUUUGCCGUCUACAAGCGCACAGAGGAAGACGGGCCCUGGCUGCCUUACCAAUAUUACAGCGCGUCAUGUAGGAAGACCUAUGGGAAGGAUGCUAAGGGCUACCUUCGGCCUGGAGACGAUGAGAGGACUGCCUUGUGUACGGAUGAGUUCAGUGACAUCUCCCCCCUCAGUGGAGGAAAUGUAGCUUUCUCCACCCUGGAGGGACGGCCCAGUGCAUACAACUUUGACCAAAGCCUAGUGUUACAGGAAUGGGUGACAGCCACUGACCUGCUCAUCUCUUUGGACAGGCUUAACACCUUUGGAGACGAGUUCUUCAAGGACACUAAAGUGUUGCGCUCGUACUUCUAUGCCAUCUCUGAUUUCUCUGUGGGUGGCAGAUGCAAGUGUAAUGGUCAUGCCAGCGAGUGCGUUGAGGGGGAACGUGGCCUGGUCUGUUCCUGCCAACAUCACACAGUGGGAGCUGACUGCCAGAGAUGUCACCCAUUUUACCAGGACAGACCCUGGGCCAGGGCCACUGGGGACUCUGCCAACGAGUGUCUGAAGUGCAACUGCAGUGGGAGAUCAGACGAGUGCGUGUUCAACAUGGAGCAGUACCGCAGCACCGGCAGUGGGGGGCGCUGUGUGAGCUGCAGAGACAACACUGAUGGGCCCCACUGUGAGCGCUGCAGAGAGAACCAUUACAGGAAAUCUCCAGAAGAGCCCUGCCUCCCCUGCAACUGCAAUAUCAAUGGCUCGGUGAGUCUGCAGUGUGAUGUUGAAGGAAGGUGUGCAUGUCGAGUUGGCGUGACCGGGGAGAAGUGCGACACAUGUCUCGCCGGCUUUCACUCGCUUGGCCCCGGUGGCUGCAGGCUGUGUGAGUGUGACCCCAGCGGGAGUGUGGACUACUGCUCUCCUCUGGAUGGACAUUGUUACUGCAAGCCAAACGUGGAGGGACAGAGCUGUGACAGAUGCAAGCCAGGCUUUUUCAACCUACAACAUGUAAACCCAGCAGGCUGCCAAGCUUGUUUCUGCUUUGGCCACUCCCUGGCCUGUUCCUCGUCCAGUCACUAUGCUGCUGUCAACAUCACCUCUGACUUUAUUGAAGAUCAGGAUGACUGGUUGGGAGAGUUCUCUGGGGGGCAGGAGUACCCCCUGCUGUGGAAGGAAGGUGAAGUUUACCUGCUGCCUCUCACUGAGGAAGACAUUGGCUUCUACAAAGCUCCUGAGAAAUUCCUGGGUCACCAAGCCUACAGCUACAGCCAGAUCCUCUCCAUCACCUUCACCUCUGAGACCUCCGAGCUGCUCCCCGACCACGUCACCUUGUUCCUCCAUGGCUCUGGAAUCACCCUGUCUGCUGACCUUUCGCCACAAUCAGUGCAUGACCAUAACCCUGGCCUCACACCGCGGCACUCCUUCGUUGUCAGGCUCCAUGAAAAUGAGAUGAAAUUCAAACCUUCAUUGUCUGCCUUUGAGUUCCAGCAUCUCCUUUACAACCUGACUGCUAUCAGGAUCAGCAACGCUGGAGGACACAACUACACAUCGCAGCUUGCGGGUGUAAGCCUGACCUCAGCUUUAAUCUCCUCUGGUCCAGCCAGCCCUCCUGCUCCAUGGGUGGAAUCUUGUUCCUGUCCCCAGGGUUUUGCAGGCCAGUUUUGUGAGCAGUGCGCCCCAGGGUUCACCCGGGAAGUCCCUGGCGGAGGGCCUCUCUCAACAUGUGUGCCAUGCAGCUGCCACCAACACGGAACCUGCCAUCCAGAGACAGGUGUGUGUGAGUGCUCAGACUUCACCACUGGGCUGACCUGUGAGCACUGCCUGGAUGGUUACUAUGGCAAUGCCUUGAUUGGCACACCUGGUGAUUGCCAGCCUUGCCCUUGCCCGGGCCGUACCAGCUGUGCCCAAAUUGCAGAGACAGGACAGGUGGUCUGUACGAACUGCCCUCCGGGACAGACAGGGACACGCUGUCAGAUGUGCGAGGAUGGUUACUAUGGUGAUCCUCUGGGACAAUCAGGGUCAGUUCGACCGUGUGCGAGAUGCGACUGCAAUGGCAACGUGGACUUCAACGCAGUGGGAAUAUGCAACCGUGUCACCGGGCGAUGUCUUAAAUGUCUGGGAAACACAGAGGGCGACCACUGCCAGCGCUGUCAGCAGGGUUUCUACGGUGACGCCCUGAACCAGACAGCAAGCCAGAAGUGCAAGCCCUGCAGCUGUAAUCCUGCUGGAACAUUUGGGCAUGUCAAUGAAUGCCACCCCCAGACAGGAAAUUGCCAGUGCCUCAGUCAUGUGACUGGACGGGAUUGCAGUUAUUGUGAAGUUGGCUUCUUCAACCUCCAGCCAGGUGUAGGAUGUGAAAGGUGCAAGUGUAAUCCAAUAGGCUCAUCGUCCAUCGCGUGUCAUCCAAUCACAGGGCAGUGUGUGUGUCGUGCAGGAGUGGAGGGGAGACUGUGUGAUUUUUGUCGUGUGGGCUUCUUUGGAUUCUCAUCACAAGGUUGCAGAGCCUGUAACUGUGACCCGAUGGGCUCCGUGUCCAUGCAGUGUCACAGUAAUGGUACCUGCCACUGUCGUCAGGGCUUCGUGGGUUACAAAUGUGACAAAUGUGAGUUGAACUAUUUCCACGACAGAGCCACACACCAGUGUGAGGAAUGCCCAGUUUGCUAUGGCCUUGUCAAGAAACAGGCAGAAAAGCUGAGGAGUCGCCUGCAGGAUUUGGAGAAGCUGCUGGCUCACUUUGAUUGCCGAGGUAGAUUUGGGAAGCAGCACCACCUGCUGAAGUAUCACAUGGCCAGGCUUUAUGAGCAUGAGCACCAGAGGGAGGAUACUCUACCCAAUGCUCUGGAGGAUUUUCUGGCCUUCCAAGAGGCACGGGAGGCCUUCAUAAAACAAUUUUCCUUGCUGGAAGCUUCUACAGGCACACUCUUAGCACAACUGCAUGGUAUUACAUCUGCUUUGAACUGCAGCAUCAGCAUGACAGAGGAAGAGGGGAAGGAGAGGGGGCAGAAUGAAGGGAGCAGGGGUGUGUGUCAAACCUUCAUAGACACUGUGUUCAUGAUCAGAGCAUCUCAAAGACAACUAAAGCAGGCAACACUGGACCUGGAUAACAUGAUCAUUCCUUUUGAGAUGGUGUCAGGCCCUAACAAAUGGAACAUUAUGGUCAAUGACUCCCAGGUUCUAAUGAAAAGCCACAGAGAAACAGCAGACCACAUUGAGGCCGUAGCCAGCAGGGCGGUAAGAGCCUCAAAGCAGACCUUCAGUUUCCUGAUGGAUCUACUGCUGGACAACUCCACAGAGGAGUACAUCAGGAACCUAACGGAGCAAAUAACACAAAUGCAGCAGCAGAAGGAGAAUCUGACAGCACAGGUGAAUGAUACUGUAGCCAAACAGCUGGCCCUGGAGGAGGAAGCUGCUGGUUUAAACCUUGCCCUGGGUAACAUCACAUCAUCCUUACAUCAGCUGGCUCUGACAGAUGCCAGCCCAUCACCGGAGCCCGACCAAACCCACCUCAACCAAACACAUCCAAGCAACCGUACUACGGAGUGGGGUGAGGAUCUGCUUAAACAAACAAAAGAGCUGGACCGACACAUUCAGACCAGAGAUGAUCGCAUCAGUAAGAUCAGAGAUGGGAUGGAGCCUCUAAAGCAGACUGUCAAUAAGAAGAUGGAGGUGGUGGAUGACAUCAGUGAGCUUCAAGCUCACGCUCAAGGGGCAAAGGUCGUGGCCUUGUCGUCAGUGGUGGCGGGGAAAGAGGUGGAAUCAGAAGCCAUUGCCCUUCACCGAGAACUAGAGAACAUGGUGAGGGAGUGGCCCCGUCGACAGGCCCAGACCAAGGCUGCAAUGAAGAAGGAGAGACCCCUGGAGGAAAAGGUCCUGACUGAUGUCAGAAAAAGAGUCUCACAGAUUGAGAAGAUGCUAAAACCAGCGCUGGAAAACUCCAGCCUCUCCAGCAACAUCACGAAGAAGGUGGAACUUACAGCACGUGCUGUUGCAAAGGAAUCCAAGGCCAUUCUGUCCCAGGCCAAGCAUACCAGGACUGCAUCUGCUCACCUUAGCUCCCACAUAGACUCUGCUUUACAGCAGCUGGCUGAACAGGAAAUGCUAACUGACACAGCAAACUCCCAAAUCACCUCAGAGCCUGAGGUGUCCCUGACCAACAUAAAAGAAGACAUGGAAGCAGCCAAGCUCCAGUUAGAAGCCUAUUCUGCCACACUAACUGACCUAAUCAGUAAAAUUGAUGGGAACGUGCCGCUGGAGCGCUUUGACCGGAUCUUGAACGAGACCGCACGGCGUCUAAGCAUGCUUCGCGGGAGUGUGGAGAGCCCGACGCUGGGCUCCAAGAUUCAGAGGCUUCAGUCAGCUGCUAAGGAGCAACAGAGCCAGCUGUCCCUCAUUGAACAGGACCUACAGGAGAUCAGGGAGGAGAGAGACAGUCUCAGGGACAUUACCUUAAACUUGCCUCAGUCCUGCCCACAGGCCGCAGGAACAGGCAAGGGCUAGUACUGUAAAUGACAAGGAUUUAGUCAUUGAUAAGACAGCUGAACAUCAGAGAAGUCUAGGAAAAUUUUGUUAAUAAAAGGGUCUGUGGUCAUUUUUAUUCAGCUUCAAAAACGUCAAUGAUAUCCUUUUAUAUUCUUCCUUCUUUUGCCCAAAGGUACAAUUUACCACCACAGUACAUUGACACACACAUUUCCACCAAAAGCCACAGACUUCUACACUGUCUCCCAUGAUUUAUGCCUAGUCUUCCUUCUUCUUUUCUUCUUUUUUUUUUUUGUUUCAAUUUUUUCUCCCACCCUCUUUUCACCAACAACAAACUUUAAUUUCACCAUGAAUAAUAACUAGCCGUUCUGAACUGCUGGAGUGUACUGUCAAGUUUAAAAUAAUGCUGAUUUUCUUUUGUGAGGGUAAAAGGUGUGUCUGAGUGCUCCUCCGGACUGACACAUUCAUUUACACUUGAGCUCUUUUUCAUCAGCCUGGCUUAAUUAACAAUUAGUCCUUGUGGCCUCAGUGGGGUUCAGGUCAGGCUUCAACAGCACACAACCUGCGGUCAGGAUUCUUACAGUUCCUACCUCUCUGUUUUUAUAUUUCCUCCAUUUUUCUGUCUCUGUCAUUAUCAAAUGCCCAACCGUCCCUUGUCUAGGGAUCAAGGUUAGUCACACUGUCUGGCUCCAGGUCACCAAAAUGUAAACGCUAAUGAUCAGUGUACUGCAGAUAUUUUAAUGACAUGACCUGUGAAGUGAUGAUACACCAAAUCUUGUAAGAGAGACAUUUUUCUGUUCUUACGAAUGCUGAAUAACUGAUCAGGGAUCAGUUACACAUCUAUACAUACUUAUAGUAAUUAUAACCAUAUUUGAAGGAUGUGGCCACAUAGAGCACACAUAGAAACCAUUACACAAUAAAGUAUACUUGAAUCCCAAGUAAACCAAAUGUAAUUUUAGGGGGCACUAUUAUACAGCAGUGUAAUUUACUCACAGCUGAUAAAAAGCAUAAAAAUGUAGAUGGUGGUUCAAGGAAGGAUCAGAAAACAAAAACAAUAAAAUAACUAUUCAGUCCUUGGAAAACAUGCUUGUUUGUGAAUUUUUCAAAAUAGAAUUUGGCAGUGUUACAUCAGUUUGAAUUUACAUCUAUUAGCACACAUCUUCAUCAUCUCCUUUUAGCAUAAAAUGGCAAAGUAAAUGAAUCUCUUGUUUGCUGCCAAAAUAGUACACUGUUACAUAUACAACAAUAUCUUUGGAAGUUUUUUUUUUUUUUUAUCAGACAUAUACCACUUUCACGUCUGUAAGCUAAAUGUAAAGCUACAGCCAGGAGACUGUCAGAUUAGCUUAUCUUAACUUAGCAUAAAUACUAGAAAAAAGGGGAAAAAGCUUGCUGCUGCGUAAAAAACUUUUUGAUUAACAUUACAAACAAACAAGAAAUAAUGUCAAUUUGUGAGCUCUAGAAGUACUGGUAGGUGAAUUGUUUUACCUUUGUUAAAAGUUAAGUUAAAAGACAAAAAUGAGAGUGUUAUUGAUCAUCUCAUCUAAUUCUUGGCAAGAAAGCAAAUGUCCCAAAAUGUCAAACUAUUCCUCUAAGUCCACUGAGCAGUUCAAUCAUCAUGAAGUCAAUAUGCUCUUUCAGUUAUGUGCUGGCUUUGUAGUUGCGUAAAUUGCAAUAGUACAAAUAUAAGUACUUUAAACAAAACAAAAUGCUGUGCCAGAUAUUGGCUCACCCUCUGAUUGUCAAACUUUGCUCAAAUUAAAUAUUUUAGAACUUUUGUAGUUCUUUUUAGCUUUUGAAACACCAACAAUGAAAUGUGCACCUUCUGUACAUAUGAUUUAAUGUCGAUGCACUGAAUGUUGUGCAAGGUCAAAGAAACAGACGUGCCUCUGUUGAACCUUCCAACUAGAUAAUCAGUUUUGUCAUUUGAUUUCAGCAAACUACAAACAUAGAUGUCCAAUAGAUGAAUAUUCCAAUUUUGAUGGAAUGGAAGAGAACAUUCAUGCAAAUCCAUCAUGUGGGAUAAAUGCAGCUCGAAGUUUUAGGGAAUUAAGAGUAGUAAUUUUCAGUCAGUUUAGUGGCUAAGUGGAGAUGAGUGUCAUUACCAUAUGAAAAUGAAAUCAAAAUUCAUGACUGUUGAGAGCGAUAGAGAAUAGCACAGAGUCCUUAAAGUCAUUGCUUUAUUACAAUAUUCAUGCUUCAUAUUGUAGAGAAUAUUGCAACAUCAUUUCUGAGUGGGCAAAAUAAUAGCUGUGCUCAGGUGAGUUGUAAUUCAGCUUAUUUCUGAAUCCAUAUCAAACAAUCAGAUAAUAUAUGAAGUAGUAUAUUUUUCAUAUCAGAUCUGAUAUUGCAUAGAUUUUUUGAUAGUAUCUUGACCACAGGUACCGGUGCAGCAAAGGCACAGAGGUGGCCUCAGAAGCAGUUCACGGCAGGAGUAAUAAUCUAGUCAUCAUCUGCUCUCAUCCGCAUUAAAAGCAGCUGGGGGCGCCUCAUUACAAUGUUCUCUGCAUGUAGUAAUGUGCACCAGCAGUUUCAUGUUGGCCAACAAUGGGCAUUUACGGAGGAUGGGUGUCAUUUUCCCCGCAACUCAGACAUCAGUGUUCCUCUGUUACAACUGAGUGGACACACUGCCCAUUGGACUGCCAUUGAUCUUAGGUCUCGAAUUGCAGAAUCGGUGUUCAGCAACAGUUUCACCAAAAGCAAUUGUGAUCCCAGACAUUUUGAACGCAUAGAAAUAAUUUUAGAAAACACAUUCAGGACAGCCUUACCAAGCUGUUCUGUUGCAUGGUUAUAGCUCUCCAACUUGAAUCAUGAGUUAAACAAUAAGCAAUCACACUUUUCUAUUCUCACUUUUUAUGGCAGAUGUUAGUUGCAGUUCUUUAUAAACGUGUUAAAAUGGGCAGGAGGGGGGGGGUUAUAAAACAUGCCAUAGAAUUCUCUGAAGCAAAUGUGUUUGUCACAGAGAAUCACACCGACUCAACAAGAGACUUUGGUGUUGUUAACUGAAAGUUCAUGAACAAAGAGGAAAAUUCACUUCUGAUCUCACUCACUCCCCCCCCACCCCCCGUUACUGAAGAGCCAACCCAACCCUUCCUCCACCUGUAACGUGUUUUAAACCUCAUCUUUCACUUUUCUUCACAGUUUCCUUCUGUAGCAGACAUUAGCAUUUUUAUUGUGGUGUCAGUGCUGAGGAUUGGGAUUCCUAAAUUCUGAAAAUAAUUUUAAUGAUGGAAGCAUUUUAGGCAGUGGAGACAUUGACAGUGUGUUUAGUCGAAUGUCAGUGUGCUUUAAAACAAAAUAAAAUGUAUGUUGAAAUAAGUUGAAUUGAAAAUGAUUUAAGUUUUAUAAUGGGUAGCUCUUUACAAAAUGAACUGUAUAGCUUUACAUAUAUGUGAAAAAUAUAGGUAUAAUAUCCUUAGUACAGUAUAAUAUAAUACGGUGUAGCUGUGUAAUAUCUAGUAAUUAUACUAUGAUUUUGCAGCUGAAGUCCCAUCCCCUGACUGCUGCUAGGCCUGUUAAGCUUCCUGUUUUUGCACGGUGCAUUUGAAAAUGUUGACAGAUUUCCCUGAAAUCCUUGAAACAAUGAGUCCUUGACUUCAGACAGGGGUAGACAAGAGUAGGUUUUCUAACUUGCAACCACUGAGUUUGCCAGCUGAGACUGUUGCUGGUAGAUUUUUAUCAGUUCUAGCUAUGAGUAGGUAAGAAAGCCACUGACCUUUUAAAAGUUUCCACAUUACUUGAGCCCUUGAGUUGAUAAUCCCAGGGAAAAAGUCACUAUCCUCAGAGGUUGAUUAUCUCUGUAAAGAUAUGAUGAUUACAUACAUAGCAGCCAAUUUAUUUCCAGUAUGCUUCACUUAGAUUACAAAUGAAAAAGCUUAUGGAGACUAACUUGGUGAAUGUGGUGUAUGUGUAUUGUAUGUUUAUUUGUUUGCUUUUUACAUAUCCUAUAGUAACACAUGCUAACAUUCACAACUUAACCACACUGUUUAAUCCACUGCUUUUUUGGUUUUGUCAAGACUAAAACAACAGACUCUCCAAAUUCUUUUAGUACAGAGCAUCACUACUUACUGCUACUUAGUGCAGGCUCUCAGCACGCUUAGAAAUCCACACUUUGUUGCCUUUUCUUCAAUUGCAAAACUACAAUUGAACAGUUGCUAUUCAGGGAGGAGUUUAAGGGCCAAUUAAGAUACUGCAUUAAAAUGCAUUACUAAAAAUGCAACUACUACUUUUCUUGGAUAAGCACUACAUCAGUCAAAGCUUCCUCCAUUUGCACAAAUACAAGUCUAAAUCUUAGAAGUCUACUUCUUCCAUGAAAAGUUUCUCCCACAGAGAAAACCCAUGUUCAUAUAAGGAAAUUGCCAUAAGCGGAAAAGUAAUUCGCUCUGAGUAGAUAAUGUUAAAUCGGCAGGAGAGCGUGUAUUACAUUUUAUUAGUGAGUUAUUCUGAUCUGAGAACUGUUGCCCAAUAUAGGAGUUGGUUCUCUGAUAAUAAGCCAAGAGCUAAAAACUGUCAGUGCCGGCUACUUGACAUUUACCUUCACAUUCACCUCUUUGUUCGUCAAGAUGCAUGCUGGUCAUAUGUUGGAUGUCAUUCAGACAGCAACCAUGUGCUGAGGAUAGAUUACCAGAAUAAAGAACACUCUACCUUAUUAAUUCCUCUCCAAGAAAAGCACAUCAGUGUCAAAUUAGCUGCUUUAAAAUCCACAAAAAGCUGCUAAAUCCACACACACCCGAAAAAUAGCACAUAAUGCAGAUGCCUGACUUGGUCUGAGCAGGCAACACAAGUGCAAAUCCUCAACAUCAAAGAUAGCUCUGACACACCCCCAACUGUGUCUCUCGUCCCACUUCACAGCCAUCAGCCAUCAUCAAAUGAGUUGGGGAAGGGAAACUAAAUAUGUUUGCGCCCACCCGAAAUAUCCCCGCUUUUUCUCCUCAAAUCCCACCAUGCCUUGUGUACUGUGAAACAGAAUCCAAGAGCUGCUGUGUUCCUCAUCCCCUUUUAUUUGCUUUGGUAACACAGGGGGCUGGGAAUGUGUGAAUGCUGUAAGUAUGGUGUGUGGAUUAAACAGGGCUCAUAACAAGGGGAAAAAUAAAUGUCAGAUGACUCAUAAAUAUGUCAGAGACCACAGGUUCAAAACACCCUGCAUGAAUAACUGCACAGGCAUUAUUUAUACUCCAUCUAGGACUCACCCUUUGAAAUCAUGUAAACAUAUGCAAAUAAAUGCUUUUCAGUUGUCAUCAAUCUAUUGUAAUUGUAUAUUAAUACAUACAUAUAAUUAAAAAAUUGUGUUAGGUAUA